AUGAAUACAAACAAAUUGAGGAUAAGUAAGUCUUUAAUAAGAUAACGAUAAUCUCCAAUUCCUCCAUUAGAACCUAAACUUUUCAUUGGUUCACCAAUAAGUUAAUCUCCCCCUUAAAAAGCAAUGCAUUAAAUGACGUUUUAUUAAAGAUUGAAGUUGUAUUAUAAAUCUCAAAACACUUUAACUCCAAAACCAUAGAACCCUCCUUCAGAUGAAUAAGGAACAAUUUUAAGAUUAAUUUCAGUACAUGACGUAAUUAAAUCAAAAAAGAAAGAAUUAUAAAGUAGAGUCUCAAAAGUUGUUUAGAUUCAAACAAGCAUUCAUAAAAGAUUUAUCACUGACAUGCCUAAAAUUUAACCUGAUGCUGUCACUAAGAAAAUUAGAUUAAAUUUUAAAUCACCCAUUAAUGUAUUGAAUAAAAGUAACUCUUUUGGACCUUGGGAUUCUCCUUUGUGA